AUGAAUUAUAUGAAUAUGGUUUUAAAUCUUGUGGUAGCUCCUUCUAACCAAGAACUAACUACCUUUGAGGAAGCAACAAGUUGUGCUAAUGCAAGAGAUUGGAUUGAAGCAAUGAAUGAAGAGAUGCAUUCAUUAAAAGUGAAUGACACUUGGUCUUUAGUUCCUCUACCAAAGGGUUACAAACCUGUUGCAUCUAAUGGAUUUUCAAACUUAAAGAAGGAGUAUCCUACGAUCAAAAGCCUAGGAUCUUACAAGGACAAGAUUUACCUACUCAUAUAUGUAGAUGACAUGUUGCUGGUAGGUAGGUCCAAAGGAGAUCUAACCCAUGUUAAAAACCUCUUAAAAGGAGAGUUUGGUAUGAAAGACUUAGAAGAAGCAAGCAAGGUCCUAGGAAUAGAGAUCCAAAGGAACAAAAAGGAGUCUAUUCUAAGAAUCAAUCAGUCCAAUUACUGUGAGAAGAUCCUUAGAAGGUUCAACAUGAAUGAUGCUAAAUCUAUGAGCUUACCUAUUACUUAG